AUGACCUCGGAGUUGUAUCCGUUAAGAUUCAGGGGCAGCUUGGGCGGUCUUACGACCAGCAUCGUGCAAAUACUGACGUUCGCCACAAUAAAAAUGUAUCCGGAUCUAAAUACAAUUGUCGGUCUGGAGAUUACGAUGUGGAUAUUCGGCGCGGCCGGUCUAUUAGGUGCAAUCUUCGCCCUAACGAUAUUGCCGGAGACUCGAGGACGUAGUCUCGACGAUAUCGAAAUGAAGUUCUCCCGCAAGUCGAAUAGCUCAACAAACGCUUGCAAGGCUUUUUCCAACGUGUGGUCGCAGCCGAAGAACAUUACCCUCAAGCGAUUCGUAUCGAUCUCGGAGGACAAGCAAUCGAAUAUCGUCACGAACGCGUAUACUUACGACAACUUCUGUCUGGAGUUGUCGCCAGAAAAUCUGGAAAAAAAUACCAAAAUCCUCGAGAAAGAACCAACUCAGGAUCAACGAGUUGUAACCAGUAUCGCAAUCGAACACGCGUAUAUUUAA